UUCUCUGAUUGGUAUUUAAUAAAUAAGAAACAAAAUGUCUUAUAUGUUAUCACAUCUUCAUAAUGGAUGGCAAGUUGAUCAGGCGAUUUUAUCGGAAGAAGAUAGAGUAGUUGUUAUUAGAUUUGGCCAUGAUUGGGAUCCAAUGUGUAUGAAAAUGGAUGAAGUUCUGUAUAACAUAGCUGAAAAAGUAAAAAAUUUUGCUGUCAUUUACUUAGUUGAUAUUACACAAGUACCUGAUUUUAAUAAAAUGUAUGAAUUAUAUGAUCCUUGUACAGUGAUGUUUUUCUUUAGAAAUAAGCAUAUAAUGAUUGAUUUAGGAACUGGAAAUAAUAAUAAAAUAAAUUGGACAUUAGAAGACAAACAGGAAAUGAUAGAUAUUAUUGAAACUGUUUACAGAGGUGCUAGGAAAGGUAGAGGUUUAGUUGUUUCACCUAAAGAUUAUUCUACGAAAUAUCGUUAUUGA